AGCUUUGGGCCUUUUGGCGGGUUAAAGAGUUGGUCUGUUUAGGGGCACUUGGGGCUUUUUGGGGGCUCAAAGGCUUGCUCUGGUUUUGGGGGGGCUUUGGGCCUAUCCCCACCACCCCCUCUUCCCCAGGACAGCCCCCCCACCUCCAUGAAGCCCCCCCACUCAUCAGCCCCCCCGGGCAGUGAGACCCCCCCACCCAGCAGCUCCCAGACUUGGGGGACUGGCGAGCAGCCCCCCGACCGCACCGGCAUCCCCCAGAGCCUCCAGCUGCACCGCCAGGAGCGAGAAGCCUUCUUCAGCCUGCUGGAAGACAAUGUGGUGCAGGAAUUCUUGUCGACGGAUGUGUGCUGCAGGAUUUCUGAUAAGUACCUGCUGGCAAUGGCGCUGACGUACUUCAAGCGCGCCGGCCUGCCCACCAGCGAGUACACCCGCAUCAACCUCUUCACUGCUCUGUACCUGGCGAACGACAUGGAGGAGGAUGAGGAGGAGCACAAGUACCGCAUCUUCCCCUGGGCGCUGGGUCGCCGCUGGCGCCGGCUCCUGCCCCGCUUCCUCCGGCGCCGCGACCGCCUCUGGGCCCGCAUGAGUUACCGGGCGGCCGUCAGCCGGCACUGCUGCGAGGAGGUGAUGGCGACGGAGCCCCGGCACUGGGCCUGGCUGCGGGAGCGCCCCCCGCACCACAGCGGGGCCACCCGCGCCUACCCCCCGCACCCAGGGGACCCCGCCCGCGCCCCGCCCUGCCCGCGCUGCGCCCGCCCCCCCGCCCCGCCGCCCAGCGAGGAGGAGGAGGAGGAAGGUACCGCCGCGCAGGACCUCUUCAUCCUGCGCCCCCGCCGCCCUCCCCGUGCGCCAAAACCCGCUGAACUCACGCAGAAUUUGGGCUGAAAUCGGGUGAAAUUGGGCCCGGGUCAUGCCCUGAAUGCACUUUUUUUGCCCCUUCCUGUUCAGCUCGCUUGUGGUGAAGCCAAAAUUGGGGGGGGUUUAACCCAAAAACUUUCCUCACAGCAGAGCUGAACCGCUCCCUACAGCAAAACUGGGGACUUUUGGUAGUUUUCCCCCCAUUUUUGACCCUUUUCCCCAUUUUUGUCUCAUUUCCCCCUUAUUUAAAACUAAAAAAUUGCCCAAAAUUCCUUGUUUUCUACCCAUUGCCUAACACUUUUCCCAAUUUUAGCCCCCAAACUCCUCAUCCUCCGCAGUGAGGCUGAAGGUUGGGGGGGGGAACACACUGAGACACUCCCUUUUCGUGCCAAAAAAAAGAAAAGGGGAAAUUGGGCAAAUAUGAA